AUGACCUGUUUGUCCAGCUUCAUGCGACGGCGGUGGAUCGUCUUGGCGUUCGCUGCGAUUGUCAUUUUCGUGCUAAUCGACUUUUUCUUCACGUGGGAGCGACUUACUUUGACAGCGUGGUCCUCGUCCACCUCACAUUUUUUUUCCAUCCGCGGCAAUUCCACCAUCAUUCAGACCAAGUCCGAUUCUUUGGCGCAACCAAAUGACUUUGCGGAUGCUACUAUACCCAAGACGACAGUACCCAAGGUGAUACCGAUGAAGGUGGAGCAUAACGCCUCAAGGACUGCAAGUGAACGUGAACAGAUUCAAGUAGAUGAUCGUGCUACGUCAAGGCUCGAACUUCUUGAGAGCGAGCAGACUGACCAAUUGGAGCUGGACAAGCAGCUUGUUUACACCCUGAGUCAGAUCAUACAGCGUACAACAACAAAGCGUGGCAUCGUGAUGCCACUUUUCGAGAAACUUACGGGAUUGGGAUUGUCUUUGAUUUUGGAACUGCGUGCAAUGGGAGUCAGUUUGCCCAUUGAAGUGCCUCACUGCACUGAGCUGAACCCUAAGACCCUUGAGUUAUUACAAACGAAGAAAGAGCUGGGUAAGAUUCGAGCUUAUGAUAUCUGCGAUCUUGCCGCCAAUGCCAAAAGUGCCACGAACACUUCACGUCCUGUUUUUUGCGAUAAUAUUGACGCCUGCCAUACGAAGUUUCGUUCUUUCAUGAUAAAGCCCUUAUCAAUUGUUUAUUCGCAGUUCGACCAAAUCUUGAUGCUCGACGCCGAUACGUCUUUCUUCCUAAAUCCGACAGUUCUGUUUGACUCGGAAAAGUUCAAGACUACGGGUAUACUUUUAAUGCACGAUCGCAUAGGCGGUGCAGGACAUUUGGCUAGAAAGGCGCCCCGACAACCCAAUUUGUCGGUGGAGCAGGAAUAUUUUUCAACGUUCAACGUAACCCCAUUCAGGCCGGUACCAACACUUCAGCGACCAAAGGCUACCGUUCCGAACAAGACCCCCGUCAAGCUAAAUUUUGAGCCCAGCGACUUUUUGCUAAGCAGUCACUCUUUCAAUCGCCGUGCCAGUCAUCAAGCUGAUUCAUCGCAGAUGUUCUGGAAUAAGAAGCUUCAGCCUCGUGCGACAGUAAUCUUGGCGUCUUUUCUUGCACAGAGCGACAUCGCACCACCUCCAUCUCACGGUGACAAAGAGUUAUUUUUCUUUGCAAGUGAAUUGGCAGAGACGCAGUACUCCUUCUCGGAUUACUCUGCCGGAUCUAUCGGCUCAGAGUUCGAGGACGGCGGUCCCAAGAAAUCAACGCUCUGUGGUAUCUUGGCUCACGUGUUCCCGAUUCGCCAAGAGGGAGUGCCUGACGACGACGUACCUUUGUUUUCCCUAAACAACAAGCGUGUUUUGAUCUUUAGGCCGGACUUGGAGCCAUUUUAUUAUAUGAAGGCGCGGCCCUGGGAACUUUUUCCUGGUUUCAUUGGAAGUCGACAUCUCCAUUGUCCAUUUAACAUCACUGUCGGCCGUUUAAACGAGUCCCACAUCAAACACUUUACAGAACGACGGAAGUUUUUAGAGCAAGGAAUACAUGAGGUCUUAGGGCUUGAGAUUUCGUUGAAUGGAUACUAUGGGUCCCAGCUUUGUCCUUAUAGUCGUCGCGGUCACAUUGGUGAAAUGGAGAAUUGA